AUGCUAGCCCGGAGGGCGCCCGUUGGCCUGCCAAAGAACAAUGCGACAAAACCAGACUUUGUCCCAACAGACUCUCUCCAAUCCUCGGGAUAUUUUCAGCACCAUAUGCGUUUUCGUGCGCCUGGUACUGGGACCUGGAUCUUCAACACGCCCGAGUAUAAAUCAUGGCAUGAGGCCGACUUACAAAAUGUCCUGGUUAUUCAUGGCCUGUCGGGCACUGGCAAAUCUGUCCUCGCUGCAUCUAUCGCGGACAGACUCCAGCGGACGGAGAGUGAUGUUCCACUUCUUUUCUACUUCUGCCCUCGAAGACCUCAUGGCCCUUUUGUUCAGAGUAACUGGCGGAAGAGCCUGAGUUUUAACCUGAUCCGUGAUUGGCUUGCCCAGUCGUUUAAAUUCGUGCCGGGCCUAGAGGAUAAGGUCCAAGCUUUGGACUCAAAACGCUUCAUGCGUAGGUUUGAUGGAGACUGGAAGUGGAAGCAUCUGAAUGAUGUGGAUCUGUUGCAACUCUGGAGGCUGUUGACUGAGGCGGUCGAAGGUAUCCCGAAGCUUUACUGUGUGAUUGACGGCAUUGAUGCCUUUCAAGAUGCAGAAGAUAUGGAAUUCUUGAAAAAACUGCUCAGCUGGAAAGAUCUGCAUACAGGCACUGUCAAAAUAUUGUUCACGAGCAACUCUGCAGGGCCUAUUGAGAACGAGAUUCGUCUGGACAUGGAAAAUGAGCUCGUGCAACAAGACGUUUGCAAAUUCUUAAAUGCCAAGCUAGAAACCCUCGAUGUGCCUGAUGAUACGAAGUCCCAGAUUCGAGAGGCAUUUAGUGGAAAGUCGUUCCUCUAUACCCGUCUCGGGUUGUUUGUCCUCCAGCAGGAGAGCGAUACUAUGGAUAUUUCGCAUUUUCUGAAUAAGCCAAUUCCAACGCUGCAUGGCCUGUACGAUCUUGUUCUGAAGGAUUGCAGGACUGGUCCAUUCAUGUCCUCGGAAUAUCGGCGAUCGAUACUAUGUCUGACCCUCUAUCCUGCCCGUCAGCUUCGCCGUCUAGAAAUACUUUCCACCCUCGAAGCGAUGUAUGGAUCUGAAGCAACGGAUCAAAACUUGAUCCAGUCAGCCUUCGGCCCCUUGCUAGAGAUCUUUGGCAAUGGCAACAUGGUCAUCUUCUGGGAUUCUUUCAUUUCGUUCGUACACGAUAAGAACCGAAGCUUGGAAAGCCAGGCUCUGAUGCCUGCCAUAUCGCCAGAAGAUGCACACCAGCAAAUGGCGACUAUCUCCAUGAAGGUGUUGAUGGGCAGCUUCCACGAGCAGAAGAAACUCGAAGAUGUCAAUCGACACGACGAGUGGAGCGUUGCAAUGAAAUCCCAGCAUUUCCUGGAUUAUGCAGCGUCUAACUGGUUCCUACAUACCCGAGGGAUCUCAAGCAUUACAGGUGAAUUACGAGAACUACUGCUUCAUUGGGUUGGAGAGCGAAAGCAGUGUGCAUAUCGUUGGGCCGAGGAAAUAUGCGCUCCUGACUCAGAUUCAAUUGAGUCUAUCACACCCAUUCACAUUGCAGCUUGGACAGGAGCUGUAAGCAUGGUACAAUUAGCUGUGGAGACGGGUUGCUCAUACAACGAUACAAUGAGGGAUGGGAGUUCGGCACUGUCUAUUGCGUCGAAGUAUGGACACAAAGAUGUCAUGACCUAUCUCCUGUCUCGAGGCGCGAACCCAAAUUUGGUCGACCGUGACGGUGACAAUGCAAUCGACCUCGCCGCUCGUGGGAAUCACCUAGAGUCAGUACAGAUCCUGGUUCAAGCUGGCGCCAAUGUCAACCUCUCCGAUGAAGAAGAGAAACGAGCCAAUGGUAAUAGUAAAAAAUGCUCUUCAGGAGUCUUGGAUCGCUCUUACCCGCGACGAACAUCUGCUUUCUCAAAGGCUUUGACGGCCCGAAAUGCAGAGAUAAUCCGCUAUUUAGUCCCAUUGGCGAGGGACCCCCAUGAUUUCGCAACAGGAAUGGACGAUGCCGCCACACAAGGGAAUAUCCCCAUGCUCAAACUUCUCUUGAGCUCGCCAUUGGCAAAUGUGAACGGCAAAUACUCUGGGGACACCCCACUGUUCCGCGCUGGGCUUCCCCACCGAUACGAAACGAUGAAGUUCCUUCUCGAAAAUGGCGCAGAUCCUAAUCUAGCUUCCAGAGGACUGCGCUCUCAAGGCUGUGUUGUUGUCGGUUGGAGUCCGAAUGAUCCAGACUCUAUCCCUCUCCAUGCCGUAGCCGGGUUCGAUGUUGGUGGCCAGCACCACUGGGGCAAAGUCGAUGAGGAGCGACUUGAACAGGCGCGCAAGUGUUGUCAACUACUGUUGGAUGCUGGCAGCAAUGUCAAUGCUCAAGGACAUUCACAUCAGACUCCUCUCCACCUGAGUGCCUCCAGAAACCUUACUACGGUGACAGAGCUACUCUUACAACACGGCGCAGACCCGCGUAUCAUGGAUGAACAAGGGAAAACCGUAUUCGACUCACUUAGUGGAGAAAAAGAAUCUCUUGGUACUAUUCAGAUCCUGGCCAAGCAUGGGCUUAGACUGGACGAGCCUCACGGCCCCAAGAGAGUUAUUCCGCUAUUCUCAAUGUUUACGAACAUGAGGGGCUUUCAUGGUGGACUGGAUCCAACGGAGCUGGGUCCGUAUGUGAACGAUUGGAACGUCACAGACGAAGACGGAAACACUAUUCUGAACCUGAUGAUAAACCAUAGUUAUGCAUUAGAACCCGACUUCAUAUCCAAGCUUGUGCAACUCGGGUGUGAUACUCGACGAAAGAACAAAGAUGGCCUUGAGCCACUGCACAAGCUCUGCCAUUACUACUACUCGAACGGAGCACACAAAAUCGACGCUGUCGGUCAGAUACUCGUGAAAGCUGGGGGAGAUAUUGAAGCAAAAGAUGCUAAGGGCUGCACGCCCUUGCACCAUCUAGUGCAGAAGUUGAGGGAUCAUUCUGCAGACGAUCAAGAGCUCAUACCAAGAUUUGUCCGUACAUUUGGGGCUGAUGUUAAUGUGACUGACGGAGAUGGAAACAGUGCACUUCAUAUGCUUUUUGAGGGGGAGCCUUCCGAUGUUGUCAAGGAUUUAGUGCUUAACUUGGGCGCAGAUAUUCGGGUCACGAACCAUAUGGGUGAGAAUCUCAUGCACAUAUUGAUGAGGGGCAGUCUCGCCAAAAAAGCUGCCAUUCCUGCUCAUUUGAUCCAGUGGCUUGCGGAGCAUGGCAUAUCCAGCACUCACCGAGACAAGAGCGGGAAUACUCCUCUCCAUGUUCUGUGCCGGACCCGACAGAGUUCCAAAGCCGAAAAGUGGCCAUCUGAUCAGGCAGUUGAUUUCCUGCUUUCUCUCGAUGAUGGUUUGGGUAUUGAGAUGGAGGACUAUAAGGUGGACAGAACAUUCUUCACAUUGCUGCCUCAGCUCGUGAAGGAAACAUAG